CGAUCGUUACGCACGAGAGGGACUACCGGACAGUUUUCUCAUGUGCAGUUUGAAUGUUAGUAUAUGGUACUGAGAGAAACGCCAACUGCUUCUCUUCCUCUGACAUAUGCUAUUAUUAUGUCUGCGACAAAAAGUUAUGGAGUGAAGUAACCACAAGGACUUUGCGUAAAGCGUUUAUGCUCCAAUAUCUCAGCGCGUCGUUGCAUUUUAUUUUUCCCUUCUCUUCCUUAAGAUUUUGCCUGGUAUUUCAAGGAGAGCAACCUUUUCUGUUAUAGUUGAAGAUGUCAGCAAUUGAGAGACAGUGAGUUGUUUUCUUACAACAAAAUAACCAGGUGUACGAAUCGGGCAACAACUGUGAAAUUAUGUCUGCGAUUAGGAGGAAAUUUGGAGAGGACUAUCAGGUGGUCAAUACCAACCAAGCAGUCGGUUUCACUGCUCCGGCCAAACGGAAACGCCAGCGGUUCGUGGACAAGAACGGGCGCUGCAAUGUCCAGCAUGGUAACCUUGGCGGCGAGACCAGCAGAUACAUCUCGGAUCUCUUCACAACACUCGUGGACUUGAAGUGGCGAUGGAACCUAUUGAUUUUUCUCUUAACUUACACCGUUGCUUGGCUCAUAAUGGCAUUUAUGUGGUGGAUCAUCGCGUACAUUCGCGGGGACAUAAACCACGGGCACGACGAGUCGUACACCCCGUGCGUCGCCAACGUUUACAACUUUCCCUCGGCUUUCCUAUUCUUCAUCGAGACAGAAGCGACCAUCGGUUACGGUUACCGAUACAUAACAGAGAAGUGCCCGGAGGGCAUCAUCCUAUUCCUCUUCCAGUCGCUGCUCGGCUCCAUCGUUGACGCGUUCCUCAUCGGCUGCAUGUUCAUCAAGAUGUCCCAGCCGAAGAAGCGGGCGGAGACACUGAUGUUCAGCCAGGACGCUGUCAUCUCGCAGCGGGACGGCAAACUCUGCCUCAUGUUCCGUGUGGGGAACUUGCGGAACAGCCACAUGGUGUCGGCACAGAUCCGGUGCAAACUUAUCAAGUCUCGUCAGACCCCCGAGGGGGAGUUCCUGCCGCUGGACCAGCGUGAGCUGGACGUGGGCUUUGGGACGGGCGCGGACCAGCUCUUCCUCGUGUCGCCGCUCACCAUCUGCCACGAGAUCAAUCCCAAGAGCCCCUUCUUCGACCUGUCCAAGCGCUCGCUGAUGAACGAGCAGUUCGAGAUCGUCGUCAUUCUGGAGGGCAUCGUGGAGACCACAGGUAUGACGUGUCAGGCCCGUACGUCCUACACGGAGGACGAGGUGCUGUGGGGUCACCGCUUCCUGCCCGUCAUGUCCCUGGAGGACGGCUUCUUCCGGGUCGACUACUCGCAGUUCCACAACACGUUCGAGGUCAACACGCCGCCGCUCAGCGUCAAGGAGCAGGAGGAGAGCACCUCGCUGCCCUCGCCGCCGCCCGUCACGCCGCUGUCGCCGAGCCUCGGGGAGACGCGCGGCCGCCGCGAGCGCAUCUUCUCCCUGGGCGGGGUCUCCCACAUGGAAGAGCAGGGGCUCGGCGGCGGAGGGGGGCGGCUCCCCAGCAAGCUUCAGAGGAUGAGCUCGAGGAAUGGGAAAGAGGGUCUGAGACCCGGCGGAGGUGGAGGAGGAGGUGGAGGUGGAGCGCCACCCGCAGAGAAGGCGUCCAGCACGGGCGACCUGCCCCUGAGGGUCCAGCGCCUGGGCUCCAUCCCGUGCCAGCCGGGCGAGGCCGAGGAGCAGCUGCCGCUCCAGCUGCGGGCAGCGGGCAAGCCCGGCUCAGAGGCGCCCCCCGGAGGUGGAGGGGAGAGGGGGGAGCACGACCAGCACAGACUCCCGCUGGCCGCCGCGCCCGGCCCCAACCCCAUGGCCUCCGCAGGGGGCCGGCCGGAGGACAACUUGCCCGCCAAGCUGCGCAGGAUGAACGCGGACCGCUAACCUUUGAACUUUGAACUUGAAAAAAGAGUGAACUCCUUUGACCCUUGGCUAAUCAUCAGCGGGGUGACCAAGCAGGACUUUUAAGCAAUCAACCAAUCAGCAGGGCCC